AGAGAGAGAGAGAGAGAGAGAGAGAGAGAGAGAGAGAGAGAGAGAGAGAGAGAGAGAGAGAGAGAGAGAGAGAGAGAGAGAGAGAGAGAGAGAGAGACCCGCCGGGCAAUGACUGGUUAAUAAAGUCUCCCAGAGAACGAGGGAGCAGGAGAGAGACAGAGAGAGAGAAGAGUCGAUUCGCCUUCGUCUUUACUCUCCUCGCUCACCAGAGACAGAGAGGACGGGAGACUCGGCUUCGACAGGAAACAAGAAAUCAAAUUAAAGGGUUAUUCUCUGAACAACAAGACAAGAGGACGGAACGAGCGAAUCCUGGAGAAAAAAACUGCACAAGAAAGAAAGAAUAUUCUACCCAAUUAUUUUACAUUUUUAAUUUUAAGCAAGUCGGAGCUUUUCUUUCCUUAAAUCAAGUGUACAUUUUUGUAAAUAUUGUUUUCUUAAUAAUAUAUCAUUAUUAUGUUAUAGAUAUUUAUAUAUGUUCGUUCAUCUUGAAAAGUUGUGGAACUUCAUAACUUUUCAAAUCUUUUUUCUCAGAAGUUUAACUUUUUUUUUUGAGGAUUCAUCGAAGUUUCCAAACAACACCAGGAUAAAGUUCUGGGAUGUUUUAACUGGAAGACUUUCCUCGUGCUUUCACUUUUAAUAAAGGAAGAAAGAAACGGGACACAUUCUGAAUCUGAAAUCUUAAACAACGUGGCUUUUUAAUCUUCUCGAAACUGAAAACGACUCGGGAUAUUCUCCCUGAAAACCAGAAAUUCAAAAUUCAAAAAAAAAAAUCAAAAAACGAACACACGUCCAGUAUCUAUGUCUUAUUUAUUUAUUUAACGAUUGAUGUUAUUUUAAUUGUUUUAAAUUGCAUGUGUAUGCCCCUCUGUGAUAAAGUUGUUAAUUCGAUUCCAUUACGCAGUUAAACUCCCAGUGCAACAGGAGCCGAUUAGUAAUCAUUCAAGCCGAGUCCUUUUUAAUUCUCGAAUCUGCCGGGUUCGAAUCUGACUCAAGUUCGGUUCGAGUUUGUAUCGGACUAGCGAAGUGAAGAAGCAGAGAGAAACUUAAAGAAAGAAAGAGAGAGAGACAACUUCAUCAGAAGAGACCUUUUUAAUUCAACGACAUUUCGCCCCUGACAGUCAGUGUUUACAGCGUGGAGCCGCAGCUCGCCAUCACAGCCACUAUGACGCUCCUCGCCUCUGAACGAUCCAUCCUCAUCCGCAACAAGUUCCGCUCCGUACUGCAGCUCCGGAUGCAACAUCGCAGGCAGCAGAAUGAAGCCAGCUCUGAUACAGCUCUGUCGAAUGGUUCUCUUGGUGUGAGGGGGGAGAGAGAGCGGGGAAAGGCGCCUGAUGAUUUCCUGAAGCACAAAACCCCUCAGAGACUCCCUGGCCCGGACCCCGACUCUAGAGUUUGCCUACAUCUCCCACAAUCAUCCUGUGACAGUUUUGAUGAUGACAUCAGCAGCUCUUCCUCCUCCACAUCUCCUGACCAAUCGCAGGGCCUCUCUGUGUCUCCGGGGCGACCAGCUGACCACCCGCGGAGCUCCUCCUGCCCAGGCCCUGCCCCCUGUCCCUCAGCAUCCAAUCACAGCAGCGCUUCGUCGCUCUCGGCAACCGAGAGCAGUGCGCAGCCAAUCACAGCCAGCCUCUCGGAGAGCGACUCCAUGGCAACAGCCGGGAGAGCCAAUGGGAUGUUCCUGUCUGUGCCGCCGACGCCCCUCCUACCCAAGGCCCCCUCUCCCCCAUCCUCUCUCCUUCGGCCCCCCCGCUCCAAGAAGUCGAAAGAUUCGAAGCCGAAGCUCCGGAAGCUGAAAUAUCACCAGUACAUCCCUCCUGACCAGAAGGGCGGGGCCGGGGGCGGGGCCAUGGGCGGGACGCAGGGACACGCCCCCUCCGCCAUGGACUCUGCCUACUCCCGCCUGCUCCAGCAGCAGCAGGUGUUUCUACAGCUUCAGAUUCUGAGUCAACAGACCCUGGAUCAGGACCAGAGCCAGAGCCAGGGGGCCGGGUCUGCUUCCACAGAGCAGGGAAUCAGCAGCAGUAGUGAGCAGAUUCUCAGCAUCACCGGAGCCACGCCCACAGUCUGUCCCCGGCCCCUCCCCCUCGCCCCAGGACAUGCCCCCAGUGCCUCCGGCUCUGCCUCCAAACCAGAGCCCCUCCCCUCCAACCUCGAUGACCUCACGGUCUCUGAGCUCAGGCAGCAGUUAAGGCAGUGUGGUCUCCCCGUCUCUGGCACUAAACCAGCCCUCCUGGAGCGCCUGAAACCUCUCCAGCGAUCCUGCCCCCCUCACGCCCCCCCUCCCCUCACACACAGCCCCUUCCUCACGCCCCCCACCGCCUUCGUCAUCCAGUACCAGGAUGUGAGAGUGGAACGAGACAUGCAGGAGAGGCAGAGGAACAGGCCCCGGGAGAGGGGCGGGGCCAGGGGUGGGGCCACCCUGCUCAGCCCCACCCUCAGCGCACAUGCACUCACUCCCCCCAGCAUGCAGGGGGCGCUGCAGCGGUUUGGAGUGAAGGAGUCUGAGCAGAGAGGAGAGGAGAGGCAGCAGCAGGGCUUGAGCAGCGACACAGACACACAGGCCGACAGCUUCACCACACAGGUGUUCUGCUCUCAGCCCAGCUGCGAUGUGAUUGGUCAGGAUUUUGAAUUGCCGAUGGAGAUUACAGCUAGUCCUGCCCAGGCCCCUCCCACAGGGCGGAGUCUGGAGGAGGAGCUACAGGAGGCCAUUCAGAGAGUGCAGAUGGCUCCCAGUCAGUCCAUUGAUGACAUACUGGAUGUACCUAUCAGCAGCUCAGACUCUUCUCUCACGGAGCCCCUCCCCUGCCCCCUCCUUCUCGACCAAUCCCAGUCCUCUCAGCAGAGCCCACCCCCCCGCAGUGAUGACAGCUUCCUGUCCGAGCCGCUGUGUCCCUCCCUGUCUCUGGAGCUACCCCCCUCCCCUCUGCCUCCCCCCACCCAGCCCCCUCCCCCUCCCUCUCCACCCCCCCUCCUCAGAACGAGCUUCGACCCUGCAGACUGGCUCCGCCCCCCUGUGCCCCCUUUCACAGGAGCCGACUUCGGGCUGGACUGUGAUGCAGCAUCAACAGCGUGGCUUGGUAGCCAUUGGUAACCCAUGGUAACCCAUCCCGCCUCCUCCCCACUCUCUGUGUGAAGAAGGGUCUCCUUCCCUCUGUCUCUUCAGUUCAUUUCCACACUGUGUCUCUGCUCCUGGUUUCUGUGCUGCUUUCCAUGUUGCUGAGGCUCUUGAACCUGGAGCCAGCUGGUUUGUAUAAUACAGGCCAGUGAUUAUACACAGAUGGCUCUCUUGUUUAAUACAGGACAGUGUUUUUGCACAGGGAGAUCUCUUGUAUAAUACAGGACAGUGUUUCUGUACAGAGGGCUCUCUUGUAUAAUACAGGACAGUGUUUCUGCACAGAGGGCUCUCUUGUAUAAUUCAGGACAGUGUUUCUGCACAGAGGGCUCUCUUGUAUAAUAUAGUACAGUGUUUCUGCACAGAGGGAUCUCUUGUAUAAUACCAGGACAGUGUUUCUGCACAGGGGGCUCUCUUGUAUAAUACAGGACAGUGUUUCUGCACAGAGGGCUCUCUUGUAUAAUGUAGGACAGUGUUUCUGCACAGGGGGCUCUCUUGUAUAAUACAGGACAGUGUUUCUGCACAGAGGGCUCUCUUGUAUAAUAUAGUACAGUGUUUCUGCACAGAGGGCUCUCUUGUAUAAUACAGGACAGUGUUUCUGCACAGGGGGCUCUCUUGUAUAAUACAGGACAGUGUUUCUGCACAGAGGGCUCUCUUGUAUAAUGUAGGACAGUGUUUCUGCACAGAGGGCUCUCUUGUAUAAUUCAGGACAGUGUUUCUGCACAGAGGGCUCUCUUGUAUAAUACAGGACAGUGUUUCUGUACAGAGGGAUCUCUUGUAUAAUACAGGACAGUGUUUCUGCACAGAGGGAUCUCUUGUAUAAUACAGGACAGUGUUUCUGUGCAGAGGGCUCUCUUGUAUAGUACAGUGUUUCUGCACAGAGGGCUCUCUUGUAUAAUACAGGACAGUGUUUCUGUACAGAGGGCUCUCUUGUAUAAUACAGGACAGUGUUUCUGCACAGAGGGCUCUCUUGUAUAAUACAGGACAGUGUUUCUGCACAGAGGGCUCUCUUGUAUAAUUCAGGACAGUGUUUCUGCACAGAGGGCUCUCUUGUAUAAUACAGGACAGUGUUUCUGUACAGAGGGCUCUCUUGUAUAAUACAGGACAGUGUUUCUGCACAGAGGGCUGUCUUGUAUAAUACACAAGAACAUAAGAACAUAAGAAAGUUUACAAACGAGAGGAGGCCAUUCGGCUCAUCUUGCUCGUUUGGUUGUUAGUAGCUUAUUGAUCCCAGAAUCUCAUCAAGCAGCUUCUUGAAGGAUCCCAGGGUGUCAGCUUCAACAACAUUACUGGGGAGUUGGUUCCAGACCCUCACAAUUCUCUGUGUAAAAAAGUGCCCUCCAUUUUCUGUUCUGAAUGCCCCUUUAUCUAAUCUCCAUUUGUGACCCCUGGUCCUUGUUUCUUUUUUUCAGGUCAAAAAAGCACAGAGGGCACAGAGGGCUCUCUUGUAUAAUACAGGACAGUGUUUCUGCACAGAGGGCUCUCUUGUAUAAUACAGGACAAUGUUUCUGCACAGAGGGCUGUCUUGUAUAAUACAGGACAGUGUUUCUGCACAGAGGGCUCUCUUGUAUAAUACAGGACAGUGUUUCUGCACAGAGGGCUCUCUUGUAUAAUACAGGACAAUGUUUCUGCACAGAGGGCUGUCUUGUAUAAUACAGGACAGUGUUUCUGCACAGAGGGCUCUCUUGUAUAAUAUAGUACAGUGUUUCUGCACAGAGGGCUGUCUUGUAUAAUACAGGACAGUGUUUCUGUACAGAGGGCUCUCUUGUAUAAUUCAGGACAGUGUUUCUGUACAGAGGGCUCUCUUGUAUAAUACAGGACAGUGUUUCUGUACAGAGGGCUCUCUUGUAUAAUACAGGACAGUGUUUCUGCUCAGGGGGCUCUCUUGUAUAAUACAGGACAGUGUUUCUGCACAGGGGGCUCUCUUGUAUAGUACAGUGUUUCUGCUCAGGGGGCUCUUGUAUAAUACAGGACAGUGUUUCUGCACAGAGGGCUCUCUUGUAUAGUACAGUGUUUCUGCUCAGGGGGCUCUCUUGUAUAAUACAGGACAGUGUUUCUGUACAGAGGGCUCUCUUGUAUAGUACAGUGUUUCUGCUCAGGGGGCUCUCUUGUAUAAUACAGGACAGUGUUUCUGCACAGAGGGCUCUCUUGUAUAGUACAGUGUUUCUGCUCAGGGGGCUCUCUUGUAUAAUACAGGACAGUGUUCCUGCACAGACACAAUUUCAAUCACCCAGAAACGUCUCAAAGUGAUCUCAAUAAAUACAUAUUCUUAACUCCAAA